GGCGGUGAUGUAAUUCCGGUGUCAUGUCAGCCUGCUGCUGGAGCCGCAUGGCUAGUUUCUGAUACUGCUGGUGUGUUACAUUCCUGCCGUUUUCAUUGAGGAAAUUAUAAUAAAACAAGACGUUGAAAGAUGGCAGAAGUAGUGCAACAGAAAAGUCGAGGCUUGAAGUUUGCAGAGCAGCAGCUUCUGCGUCACGGCUGGGAACACGGUAAAGGACUGGGCCGAGCUGAAAAUGGCAUUACGGAGGCGAUCAAGGUCAAAGUGAAAUGCAACAAAGGAGGAGUUGGUCAUAAGGAAGGGGAACAGUUCACCUUCCACUGGUGGGAUCAUGUCUUCAAUAAGGCCUCUUCUAGUUUGCAGGUGGAGUCUGAUCAGAAUGGUAUGAAGCUGAAGAAGACGGUGGAAGAAGAUGAGAUGAUCUCAAACAAAAAGCCACGAAAAGCUGCACUGGCUAAAGCCAGACUUUAUGGAUGCUUUGUCAAGUCUGCUACACUGCGGUCUGGUCAGGAACAACCAGAGCCGAAGUCCUGCGACUCGACUGACAGCAGCAGCUCGGAUGAGGAGGACGACCAGAAACUGGAUCUCUCCAGCACCACAAAGCUUUCUGACGUGGAUCUAAUGAAGGCUUGUGGAGGACGCACGGCUCACAAAGGAGCCAGGCACGGCUUGACCAUGAGCGCUAAGUUAGCCAGGCUGGAGCAGCAGGAAGCGGAGUUCAUGGCCAAAUAUGGCAAGAAGAGCCAACCAGCAAGUCCUGCGCCAGUUUGUGUCACACCGACCUCCCAGUUAGAGAAACUGGAGGAGACGACCGAGGGCUGCCGCAGAAAAAAGAUGAAAAAGAAGAGAUCUGCUGAGAGAAUUACUGAGCUAAAUGAUGACAAAGUAUCUGAAAGUCCUGAAACUGAAGUACAACCCAAGAAGAAGAAAAAGAAAUCUGAGGAAACAUCUGAUGCUGUUUCCACUGAGGGAGAUUUGAACUGUACAGAAAACAGUGAAGUGGACGACUCUCACAAAACAAAGAGGAAACAUAAGAAAAAGAAACAAAACACAGAGCAGAAUGGAGACGAAACUGCCGAGCUGCACAUGGACACUAAGGUCAAGAAGAAGAAGAAGAAGAAAUCAUCCAAAAGCCGCAGUGAACCUGCAGAAGAAGAGGCGAGUAAAGACAAGGACUCCAGCCAGUCAGAUGAUCUAGUGCUCGAGGAGCCAGCAGUGAAGCAGAAAAAGAAAAAUGUAAAGAGGACAAAUCACUUAUGGACAAGAAUAUAGACGAAGAGGUGGCUCCACCAAAGAAGAAGAAAAAGAAGUCCAAAGAUUAGCAUGAACAAGCUGCUGCACAGUGAUAGACUGAUUUAUGUUGGCUGAUUGAGGAACUCAUUGUAAGCUCACAUCAGCUGUGUGCUGAUCAUGGACUCUGAUUUUAAAUGGAUUUUAGAUGUUCUUCAACUCAGUAGAUUUUUUUUAAAUUCAACUAUUAAUUCAUACCAGUAACAAGAUAAUCCAGAGACAUCUAGAAGUUGUGCCUGUUCUGGCUGUGAGGUGUGAUUAAAAAAUUCAGACUGUGCCAAUGACAAACCAUAUGGAUUUAAAUUUUGCCACCCUUCCUGUCAAAGUAGCGUCCCUGUGCAGUGAUACUCUGCUCCUAGUGCUCCUGCAAUGAAUGCUUCCUGUAAGUUCUGUUCUGAGUCUCCUAAAAAUGGCGACCUCUGACUUGGAUUUUAUUUUGGGAAAGAGGAAGAAGUUGUAGGAGGCUAAAUCUGGAAAGUACGGCAGGUGGAGAGUGACAGUUGUGGUGUUGUGUCUAAAAGGUUUGUGAGUUUUUAGCACGAUGUGUGUUUGGUGUUGGAGCUCCUACAUGCUAUCUUUAGACAGUUUGUGUUACUUGCACUGCAUUUUACUCCUUAGAAGCUUUAGGAUGAGGGUUGCAGACUUUGAACUUUUUUCUUAAGCAAAUUUUAGCAACUUUGUUAAUAUUUGAAUAAUCAGUAACACAAAAUGAUCUUGGCGGACAUCGUUCCUUUUCCUGAUCCAGCUGUAUUGAAUGCGGUCACAUGACAUAAGCUGCUCCAGUGGCCUUCAGAGCAACAGGUCUGGCCAGUAGCCAUUAAGCGUCACAGGAGAUAUGGUGACACUUGACUAGCUGAAUGACCAGAAUGCUUUCUGCUUGCCAGUGGUCUGGGUGACCAUCUCCUCAGGUCGCUGCCUUCACAAACAGUAGCACACUCAACCUGGUGGAACAACUAAGUACUACAGCUAAUCUAAAAUUUGUUGUUGGAGAUGCAUGUCUUUCACCUUCUGCUACGUUAUUUUUUAUUGGUUAAAUUAUCAUCUCCAUUAAACUGCUGGUUCUUCUCUUGGUGGUAGCUGCAGACCCACCUCUCAUCACCAGGGAUGGUCCUCCAGCUGCAGACUAAGUGGGACAAUUUGAGCUCGAUUCAUAAAUGUUUAUAUUGCAUUGAUGUGCAGCUGCCCCAGACUUGUGACUGCUACUGUUCACACGUUGAUUAUGCAUCAUGGUGACGCAUUUGGUGCAGACGUGACAGAUGCAAUACUUUUUGAUUGCACCAUGUGUUAGCAUUUCAGACCAGUAACUACAGACUGACAUCCAGCAGUAGUGCCUCUUCUGCCUGUUGAACAGCCUUACCAGCCAGUUUAAAGCAGCUGAUGGUGACCUUUUGAUUUGCCUGUGUUUCCAACUUUAUAUGAAAUGUCUUGUAAGUUACUGGGCAGCCAGUAUGAAAUGUAGAGAACUUUGUCAAAGCCUCUUUGAGGAACCUCACACCUGUACUCUGUGUUUUUAUAAUAAAGACGCAGCACUUCUUUGUACACAAGUUAAGCAGAAUUUUAUAUGCAAAUAAAAUGACAUCAGAAUGCUCUGUGAUGGAAGGCA